AACAUCAGUAAUGCCAGUUGACCUGCGCAUUGUGGCCACACCAGACUACCCGGUAGCUGCAGGUCAACAAGUCCAACUACGCUGCAUAACAAAACCCUUAUCACCAGCUAUUAUGUGGUCCAGGUACAACCUUCAAAAUGGGAGCUGGGAAAAUGUGGGUUUAGGUACGGACCUGGUCCUCACCGAGCCAAAAGAAAGUGGCCGUUACCGGUGUGAGAUCCGCAACGAUUUGAAGAGCAUGAGCCAGAGUCAUAUGGUGUACAUCGUCUACAUGCCAACAAUGGGAGAGAGGUUAGGAAAAGCGGCCUUUGCUCUUUCGGUUCUGAACAUGAUCGCCAUCGUUGCUGGUCUUCUGUGGCUGUGCUGGCACCAAUUUGGUGACCAGCUGAGCGCCUUGAACGCUCCAAAGAAGGAUCUUCCUGCACCUCCGGUGGUGACCCCAAAGGUUUUGCCCCCUUUGAGUGGUUCUGAUGGGGACGUGUACAUGAACUACACAAGCGAUACGCAAGCCUACACUGACCUCAAUCCUUCCCAUGUAGCAGGGGAUGGGUUUUACUCCACUCUGUCGUAGCUGCAGACCUGAGCGGCUGUGGAGGCAAAUAAUCGUUCGGUUGCUAUGGUCAUGCACAGCCCAGCAGCACUGUGUGAACUUCCUUGUUGCACGGUUUCAGAUAGAUUGAUGCCAGCGUGGUUAAAGUCAUCUGCGGUUCCCAUCCAGGUUGGAGAAAAGGUUUUUGUUGAUUUCCUUUUUAAACGGACCGUGCAGUUAUCUCCCAGCUGUCUUUCUGUGUUUUAUUUUUUUUUAAAUCGGUAAAGUAUCUUCAAAUCCACAACAUUGCACAACUGAUAAAAAAGGUCAUAAGAACAUGUUUCCUGUGUAUUUU